AUGGCUCGGUUGAAUGACUAUGCGGCUCCUGCUGAGUCCAUUGAAGCGUUGAAGCGACGAUUUGUGCGACAAAAUCGGGAGAUCGCGAGAGUGAAUUCCUUGCAAUCUCUUCGUAUUCGCAGCCUAGAGUCAGAAGUAUCACAUCUAAUUUCGGAAAAUGUGUCGCUUCGAAAACAGGUCAUCAAUCUUACCCGGGAAACCGAACGACUGGAAGCGGGGAAAAUGUUGCACAAUGGAAUAUACGACAUCAAAUCCAAGCUAGAUGCCAAACUAGCCGAGUUGAGCAAUUUGGCCGCAGAUUUGGGCUCAUUACCCCGCAAGGUGGGCAAGCUCUGCGACACACAGUUCGAUAGACCAAAACAGGCGGCAGAGUCGAGACCUAGGACAGAAGACAUGGAAGGCGAAGAUGGAAGGCUUCCUGCCAUUGUUGAGGACAAAUAUUACCCUCGACGGACUCUGGAGCCCCAAGAGCUUGACAGCCUGCUCCAAGACGACCAAAGUAUUCUAGACUCCCCUCCUCGAUUCAGCUUUAUGCCGGAGGAAGGGGAUGCACUCAUCGAAAAUUCAAGCCCAUCACCACCAGAAUCAACAUUCAGGACCGAAAUAAACAACGAUAUACCCGAAGAACCCGAGCCAUCAUUUCCUCCAACUCUCGAGACACGCAAGAAGAAAAAGAGGUCGAGUUCGAUCGUUGCGCCUGAAAUUAGCCCCCCGCCAACAGAUCGGCAACCAAGUCCACCCAUCGAUACAACACAGCACACAACAUCGGUUUCAACGAAGCGAAAAUACGUACCCGAAGACGAUGACAGGUUCACUUCCAACCUUGAUGUCGACGACGACGAAUUCCAAUUCACCCGGCCCAGCCAUACCCCAAAAAAGCAAACGAUCCCAUUCGAAGAUACACAGCGAGACCAGUCACCCACUCAAAGCCAUGUCAAACUAACAAGAGGAUCAAGAACCCCCGUUCUAUCUAUGCGGAGGGUCCUCGAGCCAAAGAGUGCAAAUUCCAAUCUAGGCUCUCCGAAGAAGGCCCGCAUGUCUUCGUACCAGGACUCUAAGCUUAUGCAAAGGCCCACCAAGGGCGACGAGAAUAGCAACUCGCCACAGAAAGUUAAGAAUGUCGACAAACUCAGUGGUAACACUGUCAAUCAAAAGCCGCGAGUGUCCAGAAGCGCCUCUUCAAACAAAGAAAAGCGCGCUCGCCCUGCUCCUCCCCAGGUGGAAGAGCCUGCCUCACGCCAGCCAGAACAGUCACCGCAUCCGAAUACAAUGAAGACGGAGGAAGAGUCUGCCACUCGGCAUUCACGACGUCGUGGUGCUGUGGUUAGCUAUGCAGAGCCUAACCUACGGGACAAGAUGCGCCGCCCUACGAAGGAAAUGAUCGAUGCUGUUGCACUUGGAUCGCGAAGAUCCUCCAGUUUCCAGGCAGGCCGGGAAAGUUUGGACGGAGAGGGCGGCAACACCCAGUCUCAUGGUACUCUCCCUGCUGAUUUCACUCUUGCGGCGCAGAGCUCAGAUCUGUUUACCGUGGAUGAAUCCUCAGAUCAGUUGCUAGCAAUGGUCUCCCGGAGAAAACGCAAGGCGUCGUCAGCCCCAAAGGACGACCCCGAUGUGGGGAAACCAAGCUCUGGCCUCAAGAAAGAGAUUGAGGAUAGCCUCGCAGAUAUCUCGGCCCAAGUAUCACAAAAACCAUUGAAUUCGAGGCGUCAGCCUCGACGUCACUCGUCAAACCCCAAAAAUACAACUGCAGACAUGGCACAAUACGACACGGACCAGGGUGAACCACAAUCCCCAAACGGCGACUCUCCAGAAGAUGAAGACUCAUUUGGACCGGGGCCAAACGGUUCUACAAUGGACAGCGAUGUCAGACGUGGCCAGCGUGUUGCUGCAAGGAGAAAAAGCAUGAUGGUAUAA